CAUGUUCGUUAUACAGGUGGGAAACAGGUCCAUACGCCUGCCUCACUCCGGUUAUAACUGAAUAAGCUUUGGAAGUUGUCUAAAACCUCAAGCUGGUUCAGUGCUCUCUGGGUAUUUUGUCUGUUUGAAUUGGUGUUAGUUAUACUGGGCGAAAUGUCAACGCCUCUGGAAAAGCCGCAGAUCAUCGCGCACAUUCAAAAGAGCUUGAACUACACGGUGUUCGACAGCAAGUGGAUUCCCUGCAGCGCGAAGUUUGUGUGUAUGGGAACUCUCCCCAGAGGAACUGGAGUCCUGCAGAUUUACGAGGUUCAGCACGGAGAACUGCAACUGGUCAAAGAGAUUGAAAAACCCAAGCCAAUCAAAUGUGGAACAUUUGGUGCAACAUCGCUCCAGCAGAGGCAUUUAGCCACAGGCGAUUUUGACGGCAACCUUCAUGUGUGGAAUCUUGAGGCGGCAGAGGUUCCAGUGUACUCUGUGAAAGGCCACAAGGAAAUAAUAAACAGCAUAGACGGAGUGGGAGGUUUAGGCAUCGGAGACGGCGCACCAGAAAUCGUUACAGGGAGCAGAGAUGGUACAGUUAAAGUGUGGGAUCCGAGGCAAAAAGACACACCUGUGGCAAACAUGGAGCCGACAGAAGGAGAGACCAAGAGAGAUUGCUGGACUGUUGCAUUUGGUCACGCCUUUAACGAUCAGGACCGCUGUGUGUGUGCUGGAUAUGACAACGGUGAUAUUAAGCUGUUUGAUCUCCGAAAUAUGUCUCUGAGAUGGGAGAAAAAUAUUAAAAAUGGCGUGUGCAGCGUUGAAUUUGACCGAAAAGAUAUCAGUAUGAACAAACUAGUGGCAACGUCUUUAGAGGGCAAAUUUCAUGUCUUUGACAUGAGGACUCAACAUCCGACCAAAGGCUUUGCAUCUGUUUCUGAAAAGGCCCACAAAUCUACAAUAUGGCAAGUGAGGCAUUUGCCCCAAAACAGGGACAUCUUCAUGACAACAGGUGGAGCUGGGAACCUGCACUUGUGGAAAUAUGAAUAUCCAGAGAAGAGGAGUGAGAAAGAUGGAGACGGAGUAGAGCGAGGAGUGGCUGGGACACUCAAUCUACUACAGAACGUCACUCUGUCCACACAACCCAUCGCCAGCCUGGACUGGAGUCCCGACAAGCAGGGCCUGUGUGUGUGUGCUUCCUUUGACCAGAGUGUACGGGUCCUCAUCGUCACUAAGCUGAACAGAGUAUGA